AUGGUAAAUAACGGCAAUUUUGGAGACGUUUUAAAACAAGUCAAUGAAAGUACUCGUGAGAAAUUGCUGAAACUACGACAAACAUGGAAUGGUAUCUUCCUUCGAGCCGAGCUGAAUAGACUGGAUUCGAAAUUGAAGUGGCCAAUUCGUAAAAGACAACAAGAUACAAAUUGUAUUGCAAAUGAACAUAAAGUAAAAAAGAUGAAAUCAGAAAAAGCCGAUUUGUUAAUGUCUAAGGCUGAUGUCGAUAUGAGAAUUCUACAAUCAACAUUUAAUGUUCCGCCAACUGAGCAAUUACAGAAGAAGCAAAUUGGUAAAAAAAUACUGAACGAAGGAAAUUUGAAGCAAAAACUCUGGAAUCCAUACAAACAGAAUCCUCAAAAAUUCAGUUCGGUUACCGAACGACAUAAGGAACUGGAUAAGAAAACUGGCGGACAAGUAAUUUCUCCAAUCAAUGGUCAACGUGUCUUAAAUCCAGUAGCCAUUUCUUCGUCAAUGAAUGGUAAAUGGCAAGAAACUACUGCAAAACAUCGACCGAGUAAAUCAGAAUUUAACAAAACUUCAAGCGAGUUAAACGUCUCCGAUUUAUUUCAAAAGCUCUUGAAAUUUAGUAUGAUUAAAAGUCUGGAAGAAAAACUGUCACUAAGUGAUAAUAGUUCACUGAAGAAACCGAAUCCAUCUGCUAUACGCACACUGUAUUCAGGAUGGCAAUGCAGCUCUUGUGGCAUUCGUUUCCCAAUCACAGAAAAAACCACUCAUCAUGAGCACUUGGAUUGGCAUUUUCGACAGAAUCGGCGAGAAAAACAAGCAUCGGCCUGUCAUAAUUGGUAUUUUUCGAUUGAUGACUGGUUGCAGUCUGAUCAAUCGGAAAAUGUUGAUGAAAAGAAAACUGCAGCGAUGAAAGAGAAAAAUCCUGAUGAACCAAAAUGCGUUGCAAAUCAUGACGAAGUUAAAAAAAAUUGCGAUAUGUGUGGCGAUGCUUUCGUACUAUUCUACGAUAACGACGAUGAUGAAUGGUAUUUUCAUAAUGCUAUUCGCGUUGGUCAACGUGUUUAUCAUCCCCUUUGCCAUGAGGAUUUGAAUAAGAGUGCUGCUGAACUAAAAGAAGAGCUGGUGAUUGAAAAUAUUCCGACUUCUAGUGAUCUUGAAAUUCUGGAUUCACACAUUCCUAAUAUCAAAUUAGAUGUUUAUGGAAGGCGUUCUUUUGAAGAAAUUGAUGAUUCACCCACUGGAAAGCAAACAAUAUUGAAUGAUACUAGAAAUAUUGUACACCAAAAAAUUGUACUUUUUGAUCAAAAUAAGAUGAAUAAAGUUUCAUCAAGCUCUAACAAAAGUGUUGUUGAAAUUUAG